AGUUAACGACCAACCAAAACGAAGAGGACCACGUCAGAGGCGAAGACCAUCUGUGAUGCCGGACCAGACAGCAGUGAAGCUGCUCUAUGACCAUAACGAUGGCGAUGGUGUCGUUUCUAGCAUUGCCACGUGGUCAGGACCGACAUCUCGACGCUCGUCAGCCGGGGUCAUAGUUUCGGUCAUCACAGCUUUCCUGAUGUUCGUGCUUGGAGUGCUCGUCGGUGCGUUUCUCCAUGCGCUCGCCUUUCCUGACGGUGGAUCCCCUCUAAUACUCAGGAGUUUCGCACAAAACGAAUCAGUAUCGAAUGAUCUACUUCCAAAUCAUUCACCAAGCACAAUCAGCUCGACGAGCGUCACUGCUCUAUACGAAGAUGUGAGCUCCACUGGAAUUGCGACAAGUAAAGGAGCAGAAGAAGAGGCUGAGAUGGCCACCAAGAGAGUUGAGCCUCUUAGAAAGUUGAACGAAGUAGACGGAAAAGAAGAAGGAGAAGAAGAAAAAGAAGAAGAUGAUGAUGAUGAUGACGAUGGCGACUGCAAAAACUUUCCAUGGAAAAGCUUCAGAUUGCCACGAGACAUCGUUCCUCUCUCCUACAAUCUCACCAUACAUCCAAAUAUCACAACUCACAAUGUUACUGGAAGUUUGGCUAUCGAUCUAAAGGUGAUGGACUCAACAAAACUUAUUGUUUUACAUGCGCAUAAUUUGGUGAUGAAUACUUUCAGUCUGAGUGUUAAUGGCAGACGAAUGGAAGCAGAAUUCUAUUUUUGCACGGACACUUCACAAUGGGCGUUUGCUAUGGAUGAAGCAGUGAAAGUGGGAGAUAUUGUAGAUCUCGGUAUAGAGUUCCAUGGAGAAGUUUUGCCAGAUCUGCAAGGUCUGUACAUCUCAACGCACACGGAUACCCAAGGAAGGAAAACGAGAUCUGCUGUGACACAGUUCGAGCCAUCCUAUGCCCGAAAAAUGUUUCCGUGCUUCGAUGAGCCAAACUUCAAGGCCACGUUUGAGGUAUCAGUGAUACGCGAGCCUCAGCAUGUGGUUCGCUCGAACAUGAAGUUGAAGCAUUCCGAAGAGCAUGUGGAUGGGCUUUACAUCGAUGUCUUCCAUCGCACUGUAAAAAUGAGCACCUAUUUACUCGCAGUGGCCAUUCUCGACAAGUAUGACUAUGUGAAGAAGACGACUAUAAACACAGAGAAACCCAUAGAAGUCAGGUUGUAUGCACCAAAGGAUAUGAUCAAGGGACAUACAGAAUUUGGCCUGGACACUGCUGUUCGAGCUCUUGAGUACUUCGAAAAUUACUUCAACAUCUCUUAUCCGCUCGACAAAAUGGAUCUUCUCGCUUUGGACGACUUCAGUGAAGGUGCGAUGGAAAACUGGGGUCUGGUCACUUUUCGAGAUUCGACAAUUUUGUAUAAUAAACAAACAACAAAUGCACAAACUAAGGAACAAAUCGCGCUGAUCAUCUGUCACGAAGUAGCACAUCAGUGGUUCGGCAACUUGGUGACUAUGGACUGGUGGAACGAUUUGUGGUUGAAUGAAGGUUUCGCUAACUACAUGGAAUACAGAUGUGUUAAUAAACUAUUCCCCGACUGGAAUAUUAUGACCCGCUUCUACUCGGAAAACAUUGCAUAUAGCCAAGAGCCGGAUGGGUUGCGGAGUUCUCGCGCUAUUUCUUCAAUCACAGCUAACAACACUAACCUCAUGAGUUUGUUUGAUGCCAUAAACUACCAUAAGGCUGCAGCAAUUAUUCGCAUGCUGCAGUCACUAGCUGGAGAGAAGAACUUCCAACGUGCUCUCGUACAGUACCUCGGUAAAUACGCUUACGGUAACGCAAAAGGCUCUCAGUUAUGGAAGAUGGUAGAAAAAAAUGCAGCACUUCCUUAUGGAAUCUCAAUCUCUGAUCUGGCAAACGCUUAUAUUACCCAAGUUGGGUAUCCAAUGAUAUAUGUGACACUUUCCCGCAAUGAAGUUACCGUACACAAUCAGACGCGAUUUUUCUUCGAAGAUGGCAUGGAAGAUGAUCAAGAGUGGCCGAUUCCGAUACAUUAUAGAACUGAUUCGCAAACUGAGUCUAGAAUGCAGUGGAUCAGAAGUGAUCAUAAUAAAGUCAUAUGGCCUUUGGAGGAGCGCUCAAAAUGGAUCAUUAUUAACACCGGUGGGAUGAGUUAUGUGAAAGUGCUCUACGACAGGAGGAAUUAUGCCGCUUUGGCUAAACAGCUGAAAAGCGACCACUUGGAAAUAUCGGCCACUGAUCGAAUGAUGAUCCUCGCUGAUGCCUUUGAUUUUGCCAAGACCUCAAAGCUUAGCAUAACAAUAUAUCUGGACCUACUAUUGUACGCAGAAGAGGAGAUGGACAGAAUGACUUGGCAGCUGAUUCACAAACAUGUCAAACAUAUAGAAGAUCUCAUUGAGGAAACCUCAUUUGCUCAUACUUUCAAGGAUCUCCAACGAACGCUUAUCCUUCGACCUUACGAACGCAUUGGAUGGGAAAGUAAUUCGUCAUACACUCCUGCUCAGAAAGGACUACAAGUAGAAGUGCUUAAGAUGGCCUGUUCGCUUCGGCAGCGGGAUUGUGUCAAACAAGCGCAAAUAAGAUAUAACGAAUGGACUGCAAAGAAAAAGCGCCCAUCACCUGAACUUCACGGCAUUGUUCUUAACGAGGGAGUACGACAAGGAGGUGCAGCAGCAUGGGAUCGCGCAUAUAAUUCUCUUGUAGGAGCUAAGAGCCCCACUGAGAAAUAUCAACUAAUUGGUGCACUAGCUUCAACGAGGGACCAGUCGUUGAUUACCAGGCUACUUCGUCUCUGCCUUGACGGUAAAACCUUUCGACCAAAUAUGGUACCUCGGGUGCUUGCUGAGUUGACACAGAAUGAAGCGGCCAGAGCAUUUACUUGGCGUUUCUUCAGAGUCAACUACAAGGAAUUUGUGAAAAUCUUAGGAGACGGAUCAAAUCUACUUCUGAACAGCAUCAAAGCAAUGGUUGACAAACUUAGUACACAGGAGGAUUUGGAUGCCGUGAAAGCUUUUCUCUCCGACAAAAAUCUUGAGUACAACAAAGCGAGACUUGACCAAAUGUACGAACAAAUCGAACUGAAUAUACAGUGGAGGAAACUCAAUGAAGAGCCGCUGAGGAGAUGGCUUGAGAGCUGGGAUGAGAAGCGACGGGUACUAUACCGUCGUAGAAGGCGUUCACAUCACCUUUCCUUCUGA